AUGACGGAUAUCAUUUGUCAGGUUUCUCUGCCCCCGCGGCCAAGAAUUGAUGGCGCUGCAACAGCCGCCGUCGUCUCCCAACGUAGAUCCUUGGCCUUCAACGCCCUUUCAAUGAAUUUCAAACUCACCCACCUCUUCUUCUUCUUCUUCUUCUUCUUUCUUCUCUUUUUCUUUUUCUUCUCAUUUCUUUUUCUUUCUUUCUUCUUUUUCUUCUCUCUUCUUCUUUAUUUUUUUUUUUAUUGUCAGUCUCCAGUGACAUCCUUCGUCAUUUUUUCACUUCUCAUUUUUUUAUUCCGUCUCAUUCUUUUCUCACUUCCAUCUCAGGAUUUUUACUUUCGUCCUUCUCACUUCUUUUUCAUUCUUUCACUUCUUCUUCUUCUUCUUCUUCUUUUCUCUUAUAUAGAGCCUACAAUUAUUUUCAGACACUUCCACUUGUUUUUCUUUUUGGUAGAACCUUCAGCUGUUUACUCGCUCACGCAUCUCUUCUUCUGUACAUCAUUCAAUGUUUUGUUUUUCUAUUUCUUCUUACUCCUUUUCUUCUUUCUCUUCUAUAUCCUGGGAUUUUCUUUCUCAAUUUCCUUUUCUUCUUCUUCUUUAGAUUCUUCAUUGGUUUCCUUCAUUAAAUUUUUCUACUUUUCCUUCUUCGUAGACCCAUCAGUUGUUUACUCGUUCACGAAUCUUUUGUUUAGACCAUCCCAUGAUUUUAUAUCUGACUUUCUUCUCUUCUUCCUUCUUCUUAUUUUUCUUCUUCAGAUCCAUCAGAAAUUUUCCUUUUCAAUUUUUCUUUCUUUUUCUUCUUCGUCUUUUUCAGUGGUUUUCUUUCUCGUUUUUCUUCUUUUCCGUAGAUUCACCAUCUUUUUUUCUCGUUCAUGCAUCCCUUCUUAUUUAUAUCGUUCAAUGAUUUCCUUUUUCCAGUAUCCUCUCUUAUUCUUCCCCCUCCUUCUUUUUUCUUCUUUUUCUUUUUUCCUCCUUCUUCAUAGACUCUUUAGCUAUUUUCUGGCUCAAUCAUUUCUUCUUCCUAAUAUCCUUCAGUUAUUCUCAAUUUAUUUCGUCUUCUUCUUCUCCUCCUCCUUCUUCUUCUUCUUUUUCCACACUACCUCUUUUCAUAGCUUCUUCUUCUUCUUCUUCUUUUGUGGAAACUUUCAAAAUAACUCGCUGCUUCUUCUUCUUCUUCUUCUUCCUUCCUUCUUUCUUUCUUUCUUUCUUUCUUUCUUUCUUUCUAUGAUCCUUCAAUUCAUAUAA